GGCCGCCGGGCCGUCGUCGGCAAAGUUACGAUCAAGGUCCAAGACAUGGCGUAUUUCUCAGCUCUCACGAGAAUAUUUAAACUUGGGGUAACCCGCUGCUAUUUGGUUUUCGAAUGCGUAUGCUAACCAACAUCCGCGAAGGACCAAAAGUAUAGAUCAAACAUUCAUCAUGUCAACCAUCAAAACAUCCGUCGUCCUCGAAGCGGGACCGAAUACCGACAUCUGGAAGAAGCCGCCCACGACGAAUAUUUGGACUGCACCCAUCUCCCACACGUCUUCAGGCCUCUUGAAGAAGUUCAAAUCAGCCCGCGUCACCUUCUGGGCCGACUGGAGGGAGCGGUACGACCAAGGAGGCCUGCUCCUCGUACCCAAGCGCCGAUCUGCGGGCAACGUCUCCCCGCCGGAGAAAUGGAUCAAGACGGGCGUCGAGUACUACGUUGGGCGGCCGCAGCUGAGCACCGUAAGCACCGACCGCUUUGCGGACUGGAGCGUCGCGCCCCUGGCUCUGACGGAAAACGAGCCCGAACCCGCCGAGGUGGGCGGAGUCACCAUCGAGAUCGCGCGCGAGGGUGACGAGCACGGCAAGAGCUUUUGGGUGUACCGGCUCGUGUUGGAUGCGAACGGCGGCGUCGCCGAGAGGAUUCCCCUGAGGGAGAUCUGCUGGGUGCUCGCGGACGAGGACGAGCGCGGUGGCGAAGAAUGGCUUCUGGAUGUAAGCCCGCUGGUGGCUCGGCCGGAGAAGAACGCGACCGACUCGCUCAAGGUCAACUUCAAGACCUUUGAGGUUCAGUGGGCAUCGUAAGGUGGAAAUAAGGUUUAUGUAAAUACAAGAUCGGAUGGAUGGUUGGUCUUCAGUGCGCGGCCCGUAUUCGGAUAGAUUUGAUGAUGGCUACUUCUUAGCGUUUCGUAUGUUAACCUAACGUCACCGUGCUCUAAGCGAAUCCUA